AUGUUCUGCGUAGAGAAUACCCUAUACUCAUUGAAUAAUCGCUGCUCGAUUCUUUCUCGCUAUAAUCGGACUGGACAAUGGGAAGCGACGUAUAAGCGCAUACCCUCUGCGCUCCUAGGUGUGCAUUCGUCAACCCUUCUUGUCACUUCCUCGUCAUCUACAGCUUAUAUUUACCACCCCGCGACCGGGAAUUUAUUUCAUAUGCGCGUGGAUACAGAUGUGGAGCAUCUGGCGACUGGACCUGCGGCAGAGGCAGGCACGAUGACCUUUUAUCGAUCGCGGCUCUACUUAUUCCUCGUGGGCUCUGAAGGAAAGAAGCCUGUCAUUACGGAAUGCCGGCCCUACGUCUAUGAUACCUCAAAGCGUGCAAUAAUCACUCAGGGUUGUGUCGUCAACGUAUACCCACUAUUCAGCUGUACGGUCAGCAACUCUCUGCUGUUGUUUGGAUUUAGGUUUGACCACCGUGGAAAGUACAUCACUGUCAAGAAGCUCUUGUCGGAUAGGAAAGCAUUCUCGUUGCGCAACAUAGUGAUGGACCAGCCUAAGUGCGACGACUUCUUCUUCGGCUUUGUCUAUAGGAGCAAGUAUGUCCUCCUUCUCUACCAUCACAAUCUUAAAAACCUCCUAUUUGUGUAUAACUCUCAAACAGCACAUACGCAAGUCUUCCCUUCGCCCUUCAACGAGGUUCCUAAGACGCAUGCGUGCCUUAUUGUCUGGGAAGAUAGGGUCCUUCUCUCAAACGAUGCCAGUGUCGAAUUGCCAGCCAACUUGCCUUCGCUGUUGGAGCAGUCUCCGUGGACAUCUCAAGGACCACUUACGCUGCAGGACAUUCGACCCUCUGAAUGCACACGAGGUAGCCCUGUGAAGAAGGAGAAAACCCCUCUGCCUAGACAUGAGCAGGCUCCUAUACCCUCGUCCCCCUCUACUGGGCGAAAGGUAUAUAGACACAGCUCUGGUUUGCUAGACGUGGUCAAGACAACUGGUUACAAGGUCAUCGAGAAUGACUUCGAGAUCUUCUCCACGGCAAGCUCAUCAGUUUCCCGAUCCGCCACGCUUCCGCUUGCGCCCAUAGAGCCUCUCUCGGAAAUCUCUGUGCAGAUUCCCGCCCCCACUGUGGAGCUAUCGUCUCCCACUCAAUCUGAGCCACACCCCAGGCUUUCAGACCGCGUGCUUCCGGUACGGCCUCCCUCAGUCACAAAGAUGAUCGCAGAGGGCUCGUACACCCUCCAUCCCCUACGUGCAGACGAACCUUCUCCUCUGGAGGCCGCCGUUGCAGAGCUCAGAGGAGAGCUCGAGGUGUUGCGGGGCGGGCUCGCAGCCGCAGACGAGCGCGGGGCCCGGCUCCGGGGGAGCGUCGCCGGCAUCCAGGAGGGGCUUGAGAGCCUUGCCGCCCGCUGCGCCGCGCUUGAAAAAGGCCUCGAGGAGCACCGGCGGGCCACCGCGGCUGCGCUCGCAGACCUCCGUCGGCCCGGGGAGUAA